GCAGCGAUGGCGGCGGCGGUGGCGCGGCGUGGCUCCUUCUCGGACUCCGGCUCGGACUCGGAGGAUUCCUCGCUCUCGGACUCGGAGCUCCAGGAGGCCUUCGCGAAGGGCGCGCUGAAGCCGGGGCUCAACGUGGUGCUGGAGGAGCAGCCGAAGCGGCGCAAUGACACGGACGGCCUGAAGCAGUGCCUGGCCGAAUUCAGGCAGCAGCUCGCAUGGGUGGAAAGGCUGGACGUGACUCUGGGCCCGGUCGCGGACCCCGUUUCUCAGAAUGCUUCUACGUCUGAUGCCGUUGACCCUGAGAAUGAUUUCCAGAGAGAGAUGAGUUUCUACCGGCAGGCACAGGCAGCUGUCCUGGAGGCCCUCCCUCGGCUCCGUAAGCUCCAAGUUCCCACAAGGAGGCCGGAUGAUUACUUUGCAGAGAUGGCCAAAUCAGACCAACAGAUGCAGAAGAUUCGACAGAAACUUAAGAGUAAACAGGAAGCAAUGGAAAGGUCUGAGAAGGCAAAACAACUCCGUGCAAUGAGAAAAUACGGCAAGAAGGUGCAAGUUGAGGUUCUGCAGAGGAGACAGAAGGAGAAGAAAAAUAUGUUGAAUGCAGUCAAGAAAUACCAGAAAGGUCUCUCUGACAAGCUGGACUUUCUAGAUGAAGAGCAGACGUCAUCUCAAGGGAAUAAAAAAGGCAAUGCAAGUCAACGGCCAAAGAAGGGGCCAAAUGCCAAAAGACGAUACAAAAAUCAGAAGUUUGGUUUUGGUGGGAAGAAGAAGGGCUCAAAGUGGAACACAAAGGAGAGUUUUAAUGACGUAUCCAGCUUCCAGGCAAAAGUGGCUCACAACAAAGGCCCAGGAAAAGGAGGAAGAGGAGGAAAAGGAGGGAAAAAAGCUCUUAAUAAGAGACCUGGAAAGAGAGCAAGGCAGAAAAUGAAGAACAGAGCCCGCUAAGAGAACUGUGCUCCCCAGAGGGGUUCCUGUGUUUCUUUGUGUUGCAAGAUGUGUUUCUGCUGUCAUCAAGCAGUUAACUGUGGAGCAAGCUGGAUGCUUUGCAGUGGCAAGGAAAAAAAGCCAGUGGAAACAGUGCCUUAUCACUUAAUUUUUUUCUUACUGUCUGUUUUGUUGAAGGAUUGUUUUCUACUUAAACCUGUUUUGUGUGAAUGCAUUAAGUGGUUUGCACAGAACUAUGUGUAACUCAUGUUUAGCUGUUCAGUGAAUGGUGGCUGAAGUCUGCCCUUUGUUCCCUUCAUUCUGACAGCUUUUUCCACCACUACUGUUAAGAUGAAGUUGGUGACCUUGAGUUCUGGGUCAUGUUGCCAAUGUCAAAAUAAGAAGUCUGAAGCUUUUUGAGAUGUUAGAGUGGUUUUUUAGAUUAUCUGUGUAGAUGGGUAUAGGAACAGCAAUGAGACAAAUACAGAGCCUUACAGAUAGGUUUAUUUGUGACACUGUUGUCAGGUUGUAAAUCUGGACAGAUUGAAGUUCUCUUUCCUAUUGUCUCUCACUAGAAAUCUUCCAGACUUGCUAGAUAACAA